AUGCCCCCAGUUAUAGCAAUACGGAUCAUUAUUACUCCACCUCUGAAGAGCACAAAUCCUCCACUGGAGAUACAGGCUAGGGGAGGCGGCUCAGCCUCUCAGAUGGCACCACCCCCUCACCAAGGGUCCCCCAAACUGGCGGGGGUUCCCAGCAGCCUCCUCUCCCCACCUCCCAGCCCUCACCCUCUGCCCCAGCGGCGCCCACGUAGCGCGCAGCUCCUUUUGCCACAGAGGCCUCCAGGUGCCCAGGGCGAAGGCGGAGCCCAGCUUGCAGCUGCCUCCCUAGCGCCAGGAAGGACCACCACGCCCCACCCCCCGAGGGCGCAAAGCCUGCGAUUCAGUGGCAGAGCGCAGAGCCCAGUGGGGCACGCUGGGCGAUUCUGGUGCAGCAAGAUCCCGCACCGGAGCGCGGCAGCCCGGGAACGCGGGACUAAGGCUGCCAAGGAAGCCGGCCCCUGUGGCCCACCGCGCAGCCGCCUACCGGGACUCUGGGCAGCGGCGCUGCUCCAGCUGGGUCUGGUGGGCCCUCAGUGCCGGAGAAUGCUACAAACAUACCAUAGGGUAUCAGGUGACCAUGAUGGACCCCGGUUGACUCUACACAGGCCUCCUGCCUCGCUUGUACCCACCCAAGGACUUCUGCAACUUAUGGGUUUUCCAGGAAAUACCAAAGCAGACAGUGUGGUGCACUAUAGACUCCAGCCUCCCAUCUAAGCCAGGUUCCUGCACUUUCUCCCUGUAGCCUCGAACCCGAAGGGCUGGAUUGACAUUCUGAUUGGAGUGUACGGUUGUACAUAUU